AUGUUCAGCAAAAUUUUACUCGUUUUGGGAGUUGUGUUGGUUAUCUCAGCUUUAGGUAAGAAAACUGAUUUACAAAUUUUCAGUGAUCGAAUCACAAUGCCUGAUUAUGCCCUUGCCAGCAAUAUGCAGUUAUCAGAAAAGAUGUGGGAAGCUAUAUCUUUCAAGUUACUAAUGUAAUUGCUUGAUGAUGUGGCUAUUCAGUUAAACACGUCGCAUAUCCACAGAUUUUGACAGACAUCAAAAUCUCAUCUCAUCAUACAUAUUUUGACUUUAAAAUUGCAGAUUGAAUACAAAAGUACUAUAUCGAGUUCUAGUCUUCAGAUCAGCGAGAUGACCGCUGCCAGGUCUCUAGACUAAAACAGUUUAAACUGACAGAGAUAAGACAAGAUACCAGUUGCACUGCUGGGCCAGAUCCAGGGCCUUUUUUUACAUACAAGCUGGGGGGGAGGGCAAAUGCCCCCCCCCAGUUCCCCCUUGUGCCCCCCCCCCACGAAAUCACAUUUUGCCCCCCCCCCCAGGAAAAGUCCCUUUUCCCUAAAAUUAUAGAAACAAACCAGCGAAGAUUAACGAAUGCAUAAACGGAAAGUAAGUUUUAGGCUUUAUCCUUUGUCCUUGUUUAACAAAAUCGAUUUAAAUUGUUACUUUUUUCUACCACUAGCUAAGUAAUGAUAAAUUAUUGUUAAUAAUUUUUUAUUUUUUGGAUGCUCAGAAUGCAGGAAAUAGUAUUUCCGGGUUUCAAAUUUCAAAAAUUUUCUGGGGAUUAUCCCUCUAAUAAGUAAUGAUAAAUUACAGUUAAUAUUCUUUUUUACUUUUUGUUUAUUUUUUCCAUCUUUUAUUUCAAAUACAAGUAUAGUUAGCAUAAAUUUUAGAGCAAAUUUGGAUGCUCAGAAUGCAGGAAAUGGCAUUUCCGUGCUUCAAAUUUCAAAACUUUUCUGGGGGAGUACAUCCCCACACACCUGACCAUUGCCAUCCUCCUCUAAUAAGUAACGAUAAAUGAUGGUUAACUUUUUUUUACUUUUUGUGCGUUUUUUCCUUUAUUUAUUUCAAAUACAAGUAUAGUUAGCAUAAAUUUUGGAGCAAAUUUGGAUGCUCAGAAUGCCGGAAAUGACAUUUCCAGGAUUCAAAUUUCAAAAGUUUCCCCCCAUUCAUGCGUGGUAUAUUGACCACACACGUAGCCUUCAGCCAUUGCUAUCCCCCUCAAAUAUAUUAUCUCACAGAAAAGUCCCUUUUCAAAAAAUGCCCCCCUACGGGAAAAUCCUUAAAAAAGGCCCUGGCCAGAUCUGGCUGUUGGGGGUAUGACAGGACAGUUUCCAACUAAUGAUCUACUGCAUUUCUUCUUUGUUUUGUUUUAGGGAGUGCUCUGGAAUGCAAUGUUUGUGACUACUGGACAUCGCAGCCAAAAGAACAACAAAAAUGUACUAGCCGCACAGUUACCUGUUCAUUCGGAUUCGAUUAUUGUUACACAUUAUCUGGUACCUACCAAAACGGCACAGACGUCGUUGAAAGAAGCUGCAGUGGCAACAGUGUUGCUUGCCACAAUACUGAAGCAACGUGUUUCAUUUUAGCCAUAAAAUAUGGUCUGAAAUCGUGUGCUUUUGAAUGUUGUAAUACCGAUAACUGCAACAAUUAUACCCCCAGCAGGGAAACUGGUAUCAAUUAUACCCCCAGCAGUGCAACUGGUGUCAUGAUGACCAAGUUUACUCUUUCCAUGAUGGUGAUUGUUGGUUUGAUUUUUGCUUGA